GGCAGCUGGUGCUGCGCUGUUGCGGGGGCUGCGGCCGCAUCUUUCUGGUGGUGGUUGUCCAUCCUCCCUCGCGCGGGGGCAGCCGGCCAGACCCGCGGACCCACCGCUGCAGACCGCUGGGGGGCGGGGGAUGCCGGGCUGCCGCAUUAGCGCCUGCGGCCCGGGGACCCAGGAAGGGGCGGCAGAACCAGGGUCCCCGCCGCCGCCGCCCCGGGGGCCCCUGCUGUCCCUUCAGCCCCCGCCCCCAACUCCGACCUUGACCCGGACCCAGACCCCACCUCAGGCCUCGCCGCUGCCAGAUGCGGCCCCAGCAUCCGCGGGCUCGGCGGAGGGGCAAGAGCUGCAGCGCUGGCGCCAGGGUGCUAACGAGGGUCCGGGGGGCACCAGGCCGGCAGGGGGCGCGGGCGGCGGCCCAAGCGCGGCGGCUGAGGGAACAGGGGGCCGCGCGUUGGAGCUGGCCGAAGCGCGGCGGCGACUGCUGGAGGUGGAGGGCCGCCGGCGCCUGGUGUCGGAGUUGGAGAGCCGCGUGCUGCAGCUGCACCGGGUCUUUCUGGCGGCGGAGCUGCGCCUGGCGCACCGCGCCGAGAGCCUGGGCCGCCUGGGCGGUGGCGUGGCGCAGGCCGAGCUCUACCUGGCGGCGCACGGGUCGCGCCUCAAGAAGGGCUCGCGCCGCGGCCGUCGCGGCCGCCCGCCGGCGCUACUGGCCUCGGCGCUGGGUCUGGGUAGCUGCGUGCCCUGGGGCACCGGACGCCUUCGGCGGGGCCACGGCCCGGAGCCCGACUCGCCCUUCCGCCGAAGCCCGCCCCGCGGCCCCGCCUCCCCCCAGCGCUGACCUCAGCGCCAGGACCCCCGGGUGCCCCCCACAGGCCAUCGCAGAGGUGCCGACUGAAGGAUUGCGGACGCCAGCUGGAUGGACGGUGUCACUAACGUGGAUGGAUGGACUGACCGACCACAGGAGGAGACAGUCGGGGGGCCGGGGGACCAGUAAAGGAGGCUGAGGUGCGGUCUUAGCGGCUGCUCCUCCCAGCUCUUUAGAGCCUCCCCUCUAUGGAUCUGAACUCCUUCCCUGGGCACCUCCUUCAGGAAGACCUCUUCGGUGGACCCUAUACAUCCUUGAGCCCUCCUCACUUGACAGGAGCACUUCGUUUUACAGUGACAAGGGGCUGGACCUUGGGGAAGUUGCCUGGCUUACCCUUUGGAAGUGUUACAACAGGUCCUCGAUACGCAAUCAGAUUAGUUAAGAGUGCAGCAAACAUUUCCAAUGUGAAAGUAAAAAGGACUUCCUUUAAAAAUAUAGUCAUCAUUCUUAAGUCACAGUGCAGCUUGGUAGCUGUCAUUGCUUCUCAGUCUAACAGCACGGAGACCUGUUUGACGACGGAAAAUGGUCUGAGGAAAUCCCUGUCUCUCUUACCCACUGUCCUUGCCCUCUCUGUGUGGGAGGUGCCUGUCGCCCCUCAGAAAGGUGAUCCGCUCUGGCUCCUGGGGGACACACCACACCUCUUUUCUCAGAAAGAGGUGGUAGCUGCAUAAACACUCUAAGCAAAAUUUUAAAUGAGAAAAGAAAAUCACACUUAUUCAAAUAUCCCGAUAAUAGGGGGAAGGGGGCCACAUUUACCCACAACCCAGAACUUGGAGGAUUUGGCAAAAUGGAUGUAUAUUGAGUCAGUCCCUUGAUUCAUAUAUUCAGGAAGAAUAAAUUUCAAUAAUGUGAGACCAA